AUGGACCGCUAUGAGGAAGUUAAACGAGAACUGAAACGACUAAAAGCCGCAUUGCCUAAGCUGCCGUCGUCAUCGAAGUUGUACGACGACAUCGUUUUGAGCUGCCAGAACGUCAUGCUCGUCAUCGAGCGCUUCGAUCAACUUAAGGAAAAGACCCAUGUUUUCUAUAAUAGUAAUUUGUCUUAUGGCGAACUUGAGCGCGAAGCUCGUAUUAUGGAAUUAGAGACUGAGAAUUGUAAAACUUGUUUACAAUCUUUUGUUAAACAUCUUCGAUUGCUGUAUUCUUCUGUACCCCUUUUGAUUGCGACUCGAGCGAUUUCUUCAAGGGCUUGGGAGUCCAAGAUGGAGGUUCCUCAGAGGUAUUACACGCGCAAUGGAGAAAGGAAGACACUGCUCGUAAGCCAAGAAGACGUCGAAAGGAUCGCGAAGGACCAACUGGAAGGGAUCGAAGAAUUCUUCGGCACUUUGCGACCACUCAAGGCAGAAACCUUGUCGCAGGAGAGAGCUCUACAUGAGAGCACAUACAAGGAAGUGCUGAAAGCAAUCAAUUCCAUGGACCUGGCGAUGAAGCGAGUGCAAGAGGAAGUAGGAAAGAUGGAAAGGGCUCCAGCACCACCUGCCCCAGUGAUGGUCGAUGUUGCGAUUGAGGCGAGACCAGACGACGAGCGAGCAAGGAUAGCGGACAACGUGGAAUUCAUGGAGGCAGUCCAUGAGGAGGAAGAAAGCGAUGAAGAGGAUGCAGCCCUGGGAAGGGAAAUUGAAAGAUUGGAGGCCGAGCUGGCGCAAGUCAGCCGUCGCAGGAGGGAACUCGCCCGCAGGAAAGUAUGUCGGCCGCGGGAGUACCUAGCAGGAAUUUACCGUCGCGAGGAGGAGGAAAUGCCCUGCGCAUUUUGCGGGGCACUUGGACGGCAUUACUCCGAUUCCUGCAACAGGAUCCGCACCGGACAGGAGAGGGCGCAGUAUCUCCGAAGAACCCGGAGAUGCCAAAUGUGCCUCGAGCGAGAAUGCGAAGGGGACAGCGACUGCGCGAAAGCAAAGAUCCCCUGCUUCCACUGCAAAAGGAUGGGCCACGCGUCGGCGGUGUGCACACUGCCGGGAGUGUCGCUACAAAUCGAGGCGGAUAAGCGACACUGCGAGUUGGCGAUCGACGCAACGCACGGCUUCGACACCAGCGUUCACUAA